AUGACUUUAAGCCCGGUUUACUCUGUUGACGUUCACACUUACAGAUCGUUGCUGAUUGGUGGUGUGGUCCAUGACCCGCCAAUCGGCGUCGGAAGACGGUUUUCCUGCGAAUGUCAGCCGUCAAGUCCGAAGCAAUCGGUUAGAAUUAUUAAGUUGAAUACAAAGUUUGUAUUUGUUUUACGUGAUAGAAUAUUUAUAAAUAAACUCAAACAGAAAGUAAAAUAUUUCUACAUUAUGACUAUGAUAACAAUACUUACUUUGUUUGAUUCAAAUAAGAUAUUUCCUUAACGCACAAAAGUUUUAUAAUACAUACAAAUGCAAAUACGUCUGUAAUCUUUUGCAAUAAGUGUAUUAAAAUACUCAAAUGGCAUGAAGAUAUUUACAAAACAUUGAAAACCUUCGAUUAUUGUCUCAGUAGAGAUACUGAGUUACUGCCUGCCAACAAUAGCACACCUACACUCUUUUCAACUAUACAGUGAAUGUCAUGAUAAAAUAUAAUGGCUGUCAGAAAUGUUUUGCUGAGCAUUCAGUGCUAAAUACAUGACAUCUGAAUUAAACACAUUAUCUUAUGAAUUUAAAAUACUCCAACUAUUGAAGAACAAAAUCAACAGGAAUAUAUAAAAUUGACUGAAUAUAUAAAUUUAAAACGAAAAAAACAAUAAAAUAAUUUUAA